AUGUUCCCAGCAGCCUUCAGCCAGUUCAUUAACAAGCUGGUCUCCACGCCAGAAGUGAUUAUCUUUUUCCACAUGAGACCGCUGGAAGGGCUCGUGGCCAUCAUGGCGAACACAAUAGACACAGCUGCUCUGGCCUCGUUGUCUUCGACCUCCUUGCGUCAAACGAAGGAGGGCGCCCGCGAGGGCUCGUGCUGGAACCACCGAAGAAGAUUGGGCCAGGGUCAGCGGAAGACCGAUGAAGCUGAGGAGCGUGCCCAAGACCGUUCCCGGAUUGACGAUGUGCGUGACAAGCUUCUGACGCAUGCUCCCGGUCUUGGUACCGUCGAGCAUCAGCUGCACGAGCUAACACAGCCCAGCUGA